AAGCGGGAGGAGUAUUAUUUAUACUCAUAAUCCAAAGCUGUCAAAAAACAAGACUCUCUCAGACAUAUACACCUUACUUACAUAGCAAACUAUGGACCGACGUCGUUCUAUUCAUCAUCACAUCAUUUCAUAUUUGUUUCCCUCUUCUUCGUCCAUACUAUGUUUUUGUAUCUCAUUCCUUGUGUUGUUGUUUACUACAACCACUAAUGCUUUAGUGAAACUUCCGGAAAACACGACAGUUCCGGCUAUAAUAGUGUUCGGAGAUUCAAUUGUUGAUGCAGGAAACAACGACGAUUUGAUAACGGAGGCUAGAUGUGAUUAUCCUCCUUAUGGUAUUGAUUUCGACGGUGGAGUUCCGACGGGAAGAUUCUCCAAUGGAAAAGUCCCCACUGAUAUUCUAGCGGAAGAACUAGGGAUUAAGCCAACUAUACCAGCAUACCGAGAUCCUAAUCUAAGACAAGAAGAUCUCUUAACCGGUGUAACAUUUGCGUCGGGUGGUGCUGGUUAUGUUCCUUUGACAACACAAAUCGCGGGAGGAAUACCAUUAUCGCAACAACUGAAAUUUUUUGAAGAGUAUAUAGAGAAAUUGAAUGGAAUGGUGGGACAAGAGAGGACAACGUUCAUAAUUACGAAUAGCUUGUUCGUUAUUAUAUGUGGUAGUAACGAUAUCGCAAACAACUUCUUUAGUCUCCCUACGACUCAGCUCCAAUACAACGUGGCUUCUUUCACUGCUCUUAUGGCCGACAAUGCUCGCUCUUUUGCUAGGACACUGUACCAAUAUGGUGCAAGAAGAAUACUUAUGUUUGGUGCACCACCAAUAGGAUGUGUCCCUUCGCAGAGAACUGUAGCUGGAGGACCAACAAGAGAUUGUGUUGUUCGGUUUAAUGAUGCGUGUAAACUUUUCAAUGCUAAACUCUCUGCUAAUAUUGAUGGCUUGUCAAGAACCCUACAAGACACGACUUUAAUAUAUAUUGACAUCUAUGAUCCUCUUCUUGAUCUCAUUUUAAACCCUCAACAAUAUGGAUUUAAGGUGAGUAAUUUAGGAUGUUGCGGAACCGGGUUAAUAGAAGUGACUGCUCUAUGCAACAACUAUACAGCCGCUGUAUGUCCCGUGAGAUCGGAUUAUGUGUUUUGGGACAGUUUUCAUCCCACUGAAACAGCUUACAGAAACAUAGUUGCAAAGCUUCUUCAGAGAUAUCUCAACAGAUUCUUCUAGUUAAUCGAUAUAUAACACCUACUUUUUAACAUGUCGGCCAUACUUCAUUUUUGAAUUAUCAUUACAAAUGAAAAGAUAUAUAAACUAUACUUUUUAAAAUCAUCUUUUCUCUUUUCAAUAGCUUGUAAGUGUCUUUUAUGAUGUUUUGUGGUUAUAUAAAGAAUGUUCCUGUAUAUAUGCUUGAAAUUGUUCACAACUUCGGAACAUUUUGUUCUUUUCCAUUUUAUAGAGCAAUAGUGGUACCAACAAUGAA